AAUGUUUUUCAUUUUGUUUGUUUUCCACCGUUUCCUUUCUCUCUUCUUCUUCUUCGCCGUCGGAACCCUAACGCCUCCAUCUUCUUCACUGAUCCACCUCGCGCCGUCGCCAUCCUGUUCGCUCACGCCGUCGAAAAUGAACAGAAGUUGUAACCAUGUUUAUUUUCUAGAUAUGAACUCGGUUGUAAGACGUUUAUCAAGCUUAUUCAGACAGUCAGGUUGCGCAAUUCAACCUUUUAAUGGUCAGCAUCAUCAACUGCUUCAGCCAUGCAGAGGCAUACGAGUGGAUGUCAGAAAUGGAAACCUGGAACAGGCAUUGACAUUUUUGCAGCGUAAGAUGACAUCAAGUGGGAUAGAGAGGAUGAUAAAGCAUGAACAGAGAUUCCAUAUAAAAAACUCUGAGAAACGUGUAUUAGCCCGAAAGAGCUUGGAGCGUAGGCUUCGAUCAGAAGAUCUUGCUAGGAAACUCAAGUCCAUCAUGAUCAAGAAAGUCAGGGGUCUUUGAGGAUAUUACACUGCUAUUGGGAAAAAAAUGGUUGGUGUAAGUUGGCAGUUAUCCAAUAAUUUUGUAGGUGAUCACAGCUGUCGAAACACAUUCUUUGAAAUUGUGCAUGCGGUAAUAUUAACUUUUGUAGACAUUAUUUUAUGUUUGAGAUGCAUCGUUGCAAUCUAAUAAUCAACUAAUAGGCAUGAUGAGCAUCACAAUGUUCUUUAUAUUUUGUUAAGUCCUGAAUUUGGAUGUACGCCGAAUAUCCGAAGUUAUGAUGGAUAGUCGAAACCAAUUUCAAGCAACUGUUAUAUGCUGCAUUGUUCGUUA